CCGGGCGGGGCCCGCGGGUUCGCUGCGGCGCCGCAAUGGCGGGGGUGUUCGACAUCGACCUGGAGACCGAGGAGGGAAGCGACGGGGAAGAGCCCGAGCUGGGCGCCGCCUGUGGGGCACUACGAGGAGAUAGAGAUCUCAGAGAGCAGCGUCAACAACGGCCCCGAGCACAUCGGGCCCCACUGCUUCGAGCUGCUGCGCGUCCUGGGCAAGGGCGGCUAUGGCAAGGUCUUCCAGGUGCGCAAGGUACAGGGCACCAACACAGGGAAGAUCUUCGCCAUGAAGGUGCUGAAGAAGGCCAAGAUCGCCUGCAAUGCCAAGGACACGGCGCACACGCGGGCUGAGAGAAACAUCCUGGAGGCCAUCAAACACCCCUUCAUCGUUGACCUCAUCUAUGCCUUCCAGACGGGCGGCAAGCUCUACCUCAUCCUGGAGUGCCUGAGUGGUGGGGAGCUCUUCAUGCAGCUGGAGCGUGAGGGCAUCUUCCUGGAAGACACCGCCUGCUUUUAUCUCAGUGAGAUCACGCUGGCACUGGGUCACCUGCACUCCAACGGCAUCAUCUACCGCGAUCUCAAGCCAGAAAACAUCAUGCUCAACAGCCAGGGUCACAUCAAGCUGACGGACUUCGGUCUGUGCAAGGAGUCCAUCCACGAUGGAGCAGUCACCCACACCUUCUGCGGCACCAUCGAGUACAUGGCCCCGGAGAUCCUGGUGCACAGCGGGCACAACCGCGCAGUGGACUGGUGGAGCCUGGGUGCCCUGAUGUAUGACAUGCUCACCGGAUCGCCCCCGUUCACGGCGGAGAACCGCAAGAAAACCAUUGACAAGAUACUGAAGGGAAAGCUGGUGCUGCCACCCUACCUGACGCCCGAUGCACGUGACCUGCUCAAGAAGUUCCUCAAGCGCAACCCCAGCCAGCGCGUCGGUGGGGGGCCGGGAGAUGCAGCCGAUGUGCAGAAGCAUCCCUUCUUCCGGCACAUCAACUGGGAGGAGCUGCUGGCACGCCGCCUGGACCCUCCCUUCAAACCCUGCCUGCAAUCGGAGGAGGAUGUCAGCCAGUUCGAUGCCCGCUUCACACGCCAGACCCCCGUGGACAGCCCCGAUGAUGCCAUCAUCAGUGAGAGUGCCAACCAGGCCUUCCUGGGCUUCACCUACGUGGCCCCCUCAGUGCUGGAGAGUAUCAAGGAGGGCUUCUCCUUCCAGCCUAAGGUGCGCUCCCCCCGCCGCAUCAACAGCAGCCCCCACACCCCAGUCAGCCCGGUGAAGUUCUCCCCGUUCGAGCCCUUCCGGUCUGCAGAGCCCAUGGAGCUGGGGCUGGGGGGCGGCACCCCGCCCGAGGCCACGGCCCCGCUGCCUAUCGCCUCCGCCAAGAAGAUGCGGGGGGGUCGGGGGCGGCCGCCCAGGUAGGGGUGCGGGGGGGAGGGGAUUCCGGGAAACGGUGCCUUGGGGCGAGAGGGGCCGGUGCUGAAGGGCGGCGACCCGGCCAGGCUGCUUGU